UCAGAGUACCACAUGACAUCAUAAGAUCAGAGGUUCGUCCGUGUUGUCUUCAGGGUGCCUAGGUAGCUGAUGUGCUUGCGUUUCUACACAAUGGGGGGAGAGCGAGCUCAAUCGUGGGUUAACCGAGCUCGCUUCUAUCCCGGAACAAAAAAAUCGGGAGUAAGAUAUUAUUACCUGUGGAGUGGACGUCUUGCUGUGCCAUAGGAGCUCAGAGAAGGAGUGAAACUUAGGGGGUUCUCUGGGGUCCAAACAACACGACUCAGACCGACUGUCACCACGUAAUCCCGCCGCACACAGAUCCACCGCGGCGCAGUGUUUCCAUUCAAAGUCUCGAGGAUUAAGGGAAGACGAAUCGUCAAAGGGGCCGACAAAUUCCUGCUUGUAAUUCGACCUUCGUCACUUAACGAGGGACAAGGCGGGAAACCACGAUGUCUCUCAUUGUCCCUUACACCGCAUCAUGCCUCACCGUAUGGAGUCUGUUUGUGUAACUUACAUUACCGCGAAACACAAUGACGGCUGUAUUUCAGAAUUACCACAUGUAAUUGGCCACGAUCACGCCACCGGCGUCAAAACGUGGUUUAUCAGGAAAGAGAGUUUCGGCUCUGCCUUCAACUCAGGCUUUGCCAUGGACUUGGGUUCAACUAAGGAUUUUAGCGCGCUUUAG